UGGAAUGGAAUGAAAUCCUGUCAAACAAAAGUUUACGUUAUUUAUAGAUUGUGGUCAAAAAUUCAGCUCAAUUGGGUCACUGUAAACUAAGAUACAAGGUUCCAAACUUGAGCAUUUUGUAUGGAAAUCAGCAUUCGAUUACAAACUUUUGUCACCGACUCUAGGUGAUAAUCCCAAAAUAAAGAAUUUAGUACGCAGAACAAUUUUUUUUCUCUAAGAUGCCAAACCGCUUAAGUCAUUAUUUGAGGCCACAAAAAAAUGGAUUACGGAUUUGAGAAUAUAGUUAUAUGUAGAUUUCUCCGUAGAUUCGGUUCGGUGGCCACAUCCGGUAGUUCAUAGACUCAUUCUAAGACUGUUUAUAAACAAUUUUCAUGAUUAGUUAGUUUUAUGUAUGUCCAGGGGAUAGACAAAAUGAUCGGGAUAGGCAAAUUUUUCACUUUUCAAAAAAUGAUCAAGUAGCUGUAAUGUUUGCCAAAUUUUUACUGUAAUUUGGUCAACUUGUUGUCUAUCAAUGGUCCAAGUUUGGGAAGAUCGGGCUAUUCUACAUGAAGUAUGAAAGAUUCUGGAAAAAGGCUCUGUUAUCCGAUAGCCAACUUUGAACUGUUAUAUCUCCGGAUUCAAUGAACCGAAUGUAAUGAAAUUUUGAGUGUCUAUGACUUAUAUAAUGAGCUUCAUAAAAAAAUUUACCUAACUUAAAAUUGUAAGCAUGGAAUUUAAUUAUAACGAUAAGAUUAUUUUGCUAAUAAAAUGCUAAAAUAGCCAAAACUCAACAUCGCUUCAAAAUUUAAGAUGGUAAUUAUAGUUCAGUUAUAUUCCCUCAAAUUGACUUGAGUAUAGUUAUGUCUUGGAAGGAAGUAACAAAAUAUCCUAUAAGAAAUUGAGACAAGUUAUAAGAUGCAUGUUAAAAAUAGUCUAAUUCUGCUAUUCUGCUAUUCUGCUAUUAUCAACGCAUCCCCUGACCUUCGCCCAUCUGCGUUGUCUUUUCACUAGGCAAUACGUCUAGCAAUUGAUGUUUAUGGGCUUGCCGGACCAAGUCAGUUAUCCACAGUGGAACUGACACUGAGGAAGAUUACAAGUGGUAGUCGAAAUACGCGUAUCUGUCAAAGGAUAAGCAAUUAGGGCGGAAUUUAAAGGUACGAAACUGAUUACACUCAUUCGAAGUAAAAAUUUGAUGAAUGUUUGAUGCACUUUUCAAAUAGUAACAGCAAGUUGACCAUUGUUUGAAAAGUAAAAUUUUUGCCUGUCCCGAUUAUUUAGUCUAUCCCCUGUACAUAGAGUGAAUUUGCCCCUUCUAAGGUGUUAGGUUUUGUGUACCACGAUGGCGUAGUGCAUGUUUAGAGUGCCUAUCUGAGUCAUAUUGACCCUAAUAUCUACUAGGGGUAAUUGCGAAUCACAAAAGAAAACACGCUGUGUACGCAAGAACAGCCCUUUUAUAAGAAUCUAACCUAGUGACUUACUGGAAUAACUUUGGCCACGGGGCCAUUCCAACGUUCUCUUUUCACUUUACAAACUAAACAAACCCGUUAGUAUUCGCUGAACGGUGAGAUUUUUAGUUUACAACCCUAACGCAAAAUAAGUGUAAUUGAAUUUUUCUUCGCCAAAUUCAUCUCUCUGAUAACAAUAUCUUAGGUACUUCGUGGAAUAUUUACGUAUACGGUUUACGAAGACCAGCAGUAAAUAGUGCAAUCAACUUUGCACUGGCAUCAUCUUCUGUUAUUUACGAUAAUAACACAUAUAAUUUCUCGCAGUCCCAGUGCACCACAAGCGAAGAUGACAGUGGUUAUCAAUUAUAAGCAGUAUGUGAAGGAGAAAUGGUAUAACCUUUUGGUCCACAUUUGAUGCCCAUUAAGUUUAUGGCAUGAUUGAAAGAAGUUUGGGCUAUGAAUCGAUCUCAAAACUACUUGUACACUCUAGUUAGGGUAGAUUAACUAAGACUGGAAAACAUUGAACUUCUAGUGUUAACCUUGAAAUUUAUUGUUUUUAGAUUGCAGACACAGUGAUAUUUCGAAAAUCCAAGAGGCAGUUCAUGUGCAUAUGGGGAAACUAGGCAACAAACAAAUAUAUGACUUAGAAUAGACUUGGACCGUAGAUGCAGGACAAAUAAUUUAAACACCAAUAAACAAUCCAAUAUUCUUACCUCAUGAUUUAGUUCUAAUGUGUUUAAUCUACGCCAUUAUUCAACCAUGUCUGCAAACAUCAAGUAUUUCGCCAGCAACAGUGGCUCACAAACCUGUCAUUCAAGAAACACUGUUCUAAAUCAACACAUCCAAGCAGAGAUAAACGCUGCUAUAUAAACCACUUAUGCGCCGUCUGAUCGGAGUUCAGUUUGUCGCUUGAAUUAUCAAAACGAUGUCACGGUACGACCCGGUCGCAAGAGUAUGGCACGGCUCAGUGCAACCUCCGCUGUUCAAUCCGCAGAUCAGCAUAGGACAAAUUAUGUUCAACAUGUUGGAACGCACUCCCGAGAGGGUUACCCAGAUUGAUGGAGACACGGGGCAGGAGUUGACCUGCGAGGAAUUCCGGCUCCGUGCAAUUCGGAUCGUGCAGAACUUACAGGUGCAUUAUGACUUGAAAAAAGGAGAAAUGGUUGUGGUCGUCUGUCGUAAUAGUGAGAACGUGUUUCCGUUGGUGUUGGCUUUGGUGGCGAUCGGAGCACAAUUCGUGCUGAUGCCGAUUUAUUUCGUGCUGGACGAAGUGAAGCAUUCCGUGAAGAAGUACCAACCGAAGGUGGUGUUUUGUGAUGAGGCGAAUUACGGAGAUUUGGUGAAUGCUUGUAAGAAUGAUGUAACGGAAGAACCAAUGAUAUUUGUUCUGGAAAGCGAAAGGCCAGAUGUGCUAAAGUUCGAGACACUUCUGGAGCAAACCGGGAAAGAGUACACAUUCAGAGCCCCCUAUCUGGGAGAUGCCAGAUCAACUGUAGCGGUUAUUUUAAGCAAUUCCGGAACUACCAGUAUGCCGAAAGGAGUUCGUCUAUCGCAUGCCCAAGUCGUCACGUGGAGCAAUGCCUAUUUACAGGUCAACAGAGGAAUUAUGUUUCACUUUUCACCAUUGUCCUGGGGAACAGGCUUCGGUAAUCUCUAUAGCUGUAUUGUUAAUGGCACGCCGAGACUUUUCACUAGAAGCGCCUUCAAUGAGGAUAAGUUCUUCGAUCUGCUGGCCAAGUACUCUAUAAGAACAGUUCUUCUGCAACCCAGUUACAGCAAAUCAGUUCUCUGUCAUCCACGAUGCGCCAACGCAGAUUUUUUCAGCAUCCAAGCGUGGGUUGUUUUUGGGAGUCUACCAUCAGACUCACUCAGAGAUAAGAUAGAAUCCAUCCUACCGAAUGGCAGAACCAUGAAUGUGUACGGCCUAUCGGAAUGCGGUAUGAUAUUGCAUGAUGCAACCGGACGUAGACCUGGGGCAAGUGGUCAAAUAGCGCAGCAAGUUCAGGCGAGAAUAGUCGAUGGAACGGGUAAACCGCUGGACGUUGGAGAGCAUGGUGAGCUACAGGUGAAAAAGAGUGAGCCGUUCCUGGGAUACUUCGACGAACCGGAAGCAAUGAAGAACCUGAUCACGGACGACGGAUGGCUACGAACAGGAGACUGCGGCUAUUUCGAUGAGAUGCAUUAUUUCCACAUGAGCGAAAGAAAGAAGGAUUUGCUGAGCUACAGGAACCAGUUGGUGAUUCCGGGUAGUGUGGAAUGCGUAAUUGAGACGAUUGAAGGGGUCAAGUAUGCUUGUGUCGUGGGAGUGCCAGAGGAAGACUGGGAGGCAUCGGAUCUGUUAACCGCGGUAGUUGUAAGGGAUAGAGGAUCCCGGCUAACAGAGGAACAAAUAAUGACGACGAUCAAUGAACAACUUCCAGAUUACAAACAUCUGAGAGGGGGAGUCAUCUUUCGCGACGAGUUACCACUGGGAGGCACUGGAAAGGUUUUACGAGAUAAAGUGAAGAGUUUUGUCUAUCAAAUAAAAGGAAUAAAAAAUCUGUUUGAUCUAUAGGAAAACUUUAAUUUUUUUUAAUUAAAUGGGAAGGGAUUCUUUAAUUUUUGAUUCUUUGAAUCCAUGCGGAACACAUUAUUUCACACGAUGAAAACUAUAGGGAUGACGAAUUACUAGGGACAAUGGAAAUUUGCAAUUUCGCGGAAGCCGCGAAAUCCGCGAAAUUAGGCAAUGGUCGCGAAAUGACGUGAAAUCUAAGAAAAUUCAAAAAAAUAACCUCAAAAUAUCGCUAAUUUUUAAAUUUUAAAAAUAAAUUUGCUGAUAACUUAACAGUAU